UGACCAGCUCCAGGACGUACGAUCAACACAGCUUCGACCCCACGACCCGACCUCACCAAGUCUUCCUCGGCUGCGCAGCCCCCCGCCACCAUGGCUUCUCCGCCGCACAUGCCGUCGUUCACGAUGCCAAAAAAGCGCGGCAGCAUCUCCUCGCUAUCAUCGGCACAAACCAAGAAGCGCAAACCCUCACAGCUCCGCAAUGCCUUCUCACCGGAGACCGAAGGCGUUGGAUCGCCAGCACGCUACUCGCGCUCACCGUCAGUAGACAGUGUAGCCACAACAUCAGUCAUCAACGGCGCAGGUGGGAAGAAGAGGCGGAAGAAGAACGCAGACGAUGCCAGCACCGCAGGCUCCAGCAUGCGCGGCGGAAAAGGCGAUACACGCAGCGCGUUAAACGGCGACGGCAACGCUGAUGGCAAUGCACAAGACGACGAGGAAGAUGACGACGACAUGAUGGACGACGAAAUGGACACCGCUCUCGAAGGCGGCCAGUCCAUGGCAGACCGCAAAAAUCUCGAGAAGGAACACGAGCGCGUCCUCAUGGAAUACAUGACACCCUCCCAAGCCGACCGCUACGCUACAUACCGCCGCAUUCGCCUCAAGCGCGAAACCGUCCGCAAACUCGUGAAUCAGACGCUUUCCCAGUCCGUCCCACAGCCCGUCAUCAUCGCAGUGACAUCCUACACAAAAUCCUUCAUGGGCGAGAUCAUCGACCGCGCGCUCACCGUCCGCGACGAGUGGGCAGUAUCUCGUACACACUUGCCCAACCCGAACCUGCCACCCCCAGUUCUGGCGCAGUCCCUGGGUCGCCCGUCCGCGCAUAUAAAAGAUCCGCGGAACAAGCCGACGAAUGCGGAUAUCCAGAGCGCAGGCCUGUAUUUUAAUCAGGUCGACAGGGGUGAGCCGCUGUGGGUCGAGAUCGCGAAGGACGCGGGGUUACAGGAGAGGCUGAAGCAGUGCGAUAAGGGGCCAUUGACACCGGCGCACUUGAGAGAGGCGCUAAGGCGGUACAAGAGGGAUAGAGAUGGUGGGGGUGCUGGAUUUGUGGGAAUGAGUUUGGAGGGCGUGGAGAGGACGGCUGCGAGGACGGGUGGGAAAAGGCUGUUUCGUUAGCGUGGUGGUAACGAGUGGAUGAACGGUGUGAAGAGAACUCAGGUCGAGGUACUCUGAAGAGAACCAGGAAGAACAGCAUCAAAGGGUUCAUGCAUAGCGAGGGCGUUAGGGACCGGCGUUUAGGUUUCAGGCAUCUUUAUCACAGUGCCAGUCGAAAGUCUUAAAGCUCGACAAUCGGAGACGAUUUUGAACAGAUGCAUUGCAUAAAGCUAUCUAGUCACUACGAAACCAUUCAACAUCAUCUCGAGUGAAG